AAGCUGGGCUGCCCCACAGGCACAGGAAGGUUUCGGGGGGCUCGGUUUUCGUGGGGUCACAGUGAUGGGGAUGUCCUGAGGCUGCUGGUACAGGGACGCGGCGGCGAUGCUGUGACCUACAUUCGCGACAAGGAGGUCCCCAAGCCGCCGCCACCGCCGCCGGGCCAUGAAGCGACACAAGUGAGGGGCCAUGGCCAGCCCGGCACCAUGGCUGCGCUGGACGCAAACAGAGCUGACGCGCUGGCACGGCAAAGAGCAGGAGGAGGAGGAGGAGGAGGAGGAAGACGACUUUGAAAGGCGGAUGGACGAGGAUGGGGUCAUCGGCCUGGGGGAGGGCGCCAGGAGCCCCCCGUGGGGUGGCAGCGAGGAGCUGCAGGAGGGGUCCCCGGCACAGGAGGGGCGAUGGCAGCCGCGGCAGGAGCCGGCCGAGGAGGAGGAGGAGCGGGGCAGCUCCGGGGGCGACGAGGGGCCCUGGGGGGCGGAGAGCGAUGGGGACCCCUACCCCGAGCUGUCCUCGGGGGGCUGCUGGGGCUCGGGCUCCAGCGGCAGCCCCGAGGCCGUGAGGGACCGCCGGGCUCUGUGCCAGCCCCGGGGCUGCAGCACGGACGGCGGGGACACCUCAGGGCUCUCGGACACCAGCCCUGGCCCCGGCACCCCGUCCCGCCAGCUCCGGGGCUGGGGCACGGCCGGGGACACCCUCGGGGGGCACAGGCAGGAGUGGAGCCCCAGACGGAGCCUCCCCCUGCAGCUCUCCCCCGAUGGCCCCGAGCGCGUCCCCGAGCCCCAGAGGGCUGGCACAGGGAUGGCACCCGCUGGCGUGGCACCCGCCGGGCAGCCCCAGGGCACCGGGAAUGCCCCGGCACCCCAAGGGCACGGCAGAUCCCGAGUGCCCAAGAAAGCAGCGCCCGCCGUGGUGCCCCCCAAGGCCGCCCGGCAGUCGCGGUCCCUGAGCCCCCGGAGGCGAACGGGUGCCAAGGGGACAAAGGAUCCCUCGGGAACGGGCACCGAGGGCACCCAGUACGGCCGAGGGCGCCUCAACCACCCCCUGCCCGACCUGUCCAAGGUGGAGGCGCGGGUGAAGUUCGACCAGAGCUACCGCCCGCCCCGGGGCCGGGUGCUGCCCGCCCGCCCCCGCGGCCCCGUCGGCUUCAAAUCCCCGGCCGAGAUCGUCCGGGAGGUGCUGCUGAGCAGCGGGGAGGGCGCGUCCCCGCAGCCCCCCAGCACGGCCGGGCUGCCGCAGGAGUUCAGGUCCCCCAGACAAGCCACGGCGCUGGUGCAGCAGCUCCAGGACGACUACCACAAGCUGCUGACCAAGUACGCCGAGGCUGAGAACACCAUCGACCAGCUGCGCCUGGGCGCCAGGGUGAGCCUGUUCUCCGACCCGCCGCAGCCCAGCCGCAGCCUCGCCGUGGGCACCGUGAGCACCGGGAGCCGAGUGAUGACCCUGAGCAUCCCCCAGGCACGGACAGCGGCUCUGGGCAUGGCCACAGCCCCGGCCUCGCCAGCUGCAGCUGCAGCCCCGGGAGUGUCAGAGCAGGGGGGUUCACCCCAGCCUCAGUCCCCUCCUCCAGCGGGGGGGUGCUGCCCCACCUGCCCCGGGCCCUGCUGCUGCCCCGGCCCCCGGCUCACCCGGGCCCUGGCGGGGCAGAGCCGCCGGCUGCAGGCACAGGUGGAAUCCUUCGAAAGCUGGGUGCGUGCAGGGACCCCCACGCCCUCAGAACAGCUCCAGAGGAUGAGGAUGCUGAAGGACGCGCAGGAUGCGCUGGAGCGGGAAUACCUGCGGGGCCGGCAGCAGCUCCCGGCGGCUGCGGGGGGGUUCGAUCCGGACCGGUACGGGCUCCAUCCCCCUGCCACCCCCUCCCCAGAGCCCCUGGAAUGUCCCCGGGGGCCGCUGUCCCCCCGCACUGACGGCUGGUGUCUUGCAGGGCACCCCGUCCCCACCACCGGCUGCCCACUCCCCACACCCCGAGGUGAGCUGGGGGUGCAAAGGUUCCCCACCCCACUGCAUUUAUGGGGGGUUGCCCCUCUUACUCCCUUGUGCCCACAGAGCCCUGCGCUGGUGGAGGAUCCUCGGGGGACAGCAGGGGACAGCGAGGGGGUGGCAGGGGGGCUGCCCUGGCCCCUCUGGCACAAGCAGCACCAAGUGGAGGAGGAUUUUGGGGAGCUGCUGGAGCAGUACAAGCACUUCAAGUCCUUGCCAGAGUCACUGAGCCUGGAGCAGCUGAGCCUGGUGGGGAGCCAGUCCCAGGAGGAAGUGGAUGCACCCACGGCAGGGGAUGGUGGCCCCAGCAAGGUCCCCUGCAGGACACGGUCACUCGAGGAGGAGCCCAGCCUCGAGCCCUUGGCAGUGCCCCUCCCACAGAGAAGAGCUGCGACUCUUCCCCCCAGAGGACCCCCAAACCUGGAGCAGACACUGGGCCACCCCUCCCCUGCCCCUGCUGAGGAGCCACCAGCCUCUGCCAAGCCCCCCCUGGGGGUCUCUGGGCCACCACGGGUGUCCCUGCCCCUCGGUGGGACAGGCAGCGGUGCCACCCAGCCUGGGCCCCGCAAGGAGCAGCGCAUCGUGUCCCCAGAGACCGACAGCGGCUUCGUGGGCUCGGAGGCCAGCAGGGUGUCACCCCCUGUGCACACCCCUGAGCACCAUCCCCCCGGCCCAGGGGCUCCGGGCUCGCCGGGACCCUCCGUCCCCAUCCCCAGCAGCCUCCGCACCCCACGGGAGAGAGAGACCACCCCGCUCCCCUCCGAGACAGCACUGAUGGGCAUCUACCCCCCGGGGGGCACAGGGGGGCCCCCCAGCAGCCCCUCUGAGAGCAGCUCCCCCCCUCGCUGGGCUGAGGGCAGCGAGGUGGGACCCGACCCCGACGGUGAUGGCACUCACACGGACUCGGAGGUGGGAGCCAGGAGCUGUGCCAGCGCCGGUGGCCGCCCCCCAGCCAUGGCCAGGACCCCCACCAGCCCCCUGCCCUCCCCCCAGACGCCAUCCCCCACCUUCCUGUCCCCCGACCUGCCAUCCCUGGACCCGGCUCACUGUGACCUGCUGGGCUCCCGUCUGGAGCGCGACCAGGCCAUCCGGGCGCUGCAGGACGAGGUGUGGCGGCUGCGGCGGAGGCUGGAGGAGAGCCUGUGCCACUCCCGCAGCUACCCCGAGGGAAAAGCCACUCCCCGUGUCACCCCGGCCAGGAGGCAGCCGCUGGCCAGCGCACCAUCGGCCCCGCAGGACGCGGCACCCUCGGGGCAGCCGAGCCCCCCGGUGCGGGGCAGGGCAGCCCCCGGGGUCACACCCAUGCGGAGGGGGAGAUCGGCAUCGCUGCCACGGGACAAGCCCGAGCUGGCCCUCGGUCUGGAGCUGGGUCCCGGCGGAUGCCACCCCCCUUCCCUGUCCUCUGCCACAGCCUCCGAGUCAGAGCCCGGGCCCCGGGCACCCCCUGUCCUGCGGAAGCACCUUGGGAAGCCCCCGGGGCCGGUGACAUUCCGGGGACAGCACACAGGGACACGGUACCAGGCGGGGACAGCACGUGCCACCCCGGCACCCCGAGAAGAGCCGGGCACCUCGGGGUGUCCCCGAUGUCACAGGGGCAGGACGGCAUCAGCUGCAUCUGGGGCAGGUGACAUCCCCCGGCAGCCCCAGCACAGCACCCCCAGGAGAACGUCCUGCCCCACCUGCCGGGCACCCGCGGGCACCAGGGACACAGCCACACAUGCAGAGCAUGGCCUUGGUGGCUCCUGUCCCCCAGGUCCCCACGCUGGAGCCGAGAAGCUGCAGCAACCUGGAAUUUGGUACUUGGCAGCCCCCCCUGCUGCCACCGUCUGCCUGGCACCCGUCCCCCUCGUGCCUUACGUGCCCUCCAUGCUCUACUGCUCCUCAGCAGUUCCUACCUCAGCCCCAGCCAUGGCCGGGGUCCCCCUCGCUGUCCCCGCGGGUGCCCGGCGGGCAGAGCGUCCUCCCCGGCCCCAGGGCCACCAGCGCUGCCUGAGCCUGGAGCUGGAGGAGCUGGAGGAGCUGAACUGGUGCCUGGGCCGGGCUGUGGAGGCUGCCCAGAGCGCCAGGCUGAGCUCCAGCCGCCUCAGCCGGGCCCUGGCCGCAGAGCUGGGCCGGCCGCGGGGCCUGCGCAGCUCCUGCCUCUUCUGAGGGCCCGGCUGGCACCUCCGGGGCCUCUGUGACACAGGAGAGGGAGAUGGACCCCUCAGCAUCCCUCACUGUGUGCCCCCUGUCAAACCUAGGGCCAGAGGUACCUCCAGGCCCUCCGUGCCACAGGAGAGGAGAAUGGGGCCCUCAUUGUGCCAGCAUGGCAUGCCCCCUGUGAGACCUGGGGCCUGAGGUGCCUCCAGAGCCUCCGUGCCACCAGGAGAGGAUGGACCCCUCACAGCAUCCCUCACUGAGUGCCCCCUGCCAAACAUGGGGCCAGAGGUACCUCCAGACCUUCUGUGCCACAGGAGAGGAGAAUGGGGCCCUCAGUGUCCCAGCAUGGCAUGCCCCCUGCGAGACCUGGGGCCUGAGGUGCCUCCAGACCCUCCAUGCCACCAGGAAGGGAGGAUGGGCCCUUUAUUGUCCCUGCACUGCGUGCUCCCUGCCAAACCUGGGGCCAGCAGUGCUGGAGGCACUUCCAAACCCUCUGUGCCCCAUCAGGAGAGGAGGAUGGGCUCCUCACAGCAUCCCUGCACUGCGUUCCCCCUGACAAACCUGGGGCCAGCAGGGCCAGAGGUACCUCCAGACCUUCUGUGCCACCAGGAGAGGAGAAUGGGUCCUUCAGUGUCCCUCACUGUGUGCCCCCUGCCAAACAUGGGGGCAAAGAUGCCUCCAGACCCUCUGUGCCACCAGGAGAGGAGGAUGGUCCCCUCAGUGUCCCUCACUGUGUGCCCCCGGCCAAACCUGGGCCACAAGUGCUGGAGGUGCCUCCAGACCCUCUGUGCCACCAAGAGAGGAGGAUGGGCCCUUUAUUGUCCCUGCACUAGGUGCCCCCUGCCAAACCUGGGGCCAGAGGUACCUCCAGACCCUCCAUACCACCAGGAGAGGGGCAUGGACCCCUCAUUGUCCCUCACUGUGUGCUCCCUGCCAAACCCAGGGCAGCAGGGCCAGAGGUACCUCAGAGGUUCCUGCCCUGGCUCCCACCCCAGUCCUGCUGUCCCUGCAGUCCCUGCAUGGCCUGUCCAUCGGUCUGUCCCUCUCCAGGACCUCCCAAGCUGCAGGAGGGGGGAAGGUGUGGGCAGAAUCCUCCAGCCUUCCUCAGCCCUAUCCCCUGGGAGCAGUGAGGUGUCCCCCAAGGGCCGUGGCCACCCCACCCUGAGCACUUCUGGGGGUGCUCUGACCUCGUGUGGGUCGAGCCCCCUUGGCAGCUGUGUUUACCUCUGUGCCUGUGUGGGCAGAAUUCCCUGGCAUCCCCUGGCAUUCCAUAUUCCACCCUUUCCAGGCCUCCUCAGGGGGCUGUGCCCUGUGCCCUCUGCCCUUGGACUUGAACCCAGCAGGAUCCUCCCUGGGGAAAUUUGUUUUUUUGUUGUUUUUUAUGUGAAUUUUUUAGCUAAAUCACUCUUUGGAGUGUUGAUUGAUGAUCUAUAAUAUGUGUGUGUGAUAUAUGUGUAUCUAUAAAUGGAUAUAUCUAGAUAUAGGCAUAUCUAUAUUUAGUUUUAUGUCUAUAGAGAGACAGAUAUAAAUAGAUCUGUGUAUGUCCAGAUCUGUAUCUGAUUCUAUAGAUAUAUCUUUCUACAGAUACAUAUAUAUAUAAAUAUUCUGGUUUGCAUUUCCAGCACAACCCUUAGGGCAUUUUUGGGGUUCUUUUCUGGUCAUCCGUGGAUGUGGCCACCCACAGCAUCAUCCAGGCAGAAAAUAAAAUGAAGGAUUUGAGGUUUUCCCCCUGGGAUCCUCAGGGAAGCUGGGCUGGUGGAGGAAAAGUCACCUGAGACCAAAGCAGGUGUGGGGCUGUGGAGCCCCUGUUCCUCCCAGCUGGGUUUCUAAGGAGUUAAUUCCUAUUUUUUAGGGAAAAGGAUGUGGUUGGGGCAGCUUUUCCAGGGAUGGGUCCAGCCAAACCCCCCUGCUCCACCCCUCAGCCUGUGUUCAUCUGUAGGACCUACCUGAAGUGCCAGUGUCAAAUGUAUUUAUUUUUCUUUUAUUUGUUGUACAAAUUCCCACAUUUGGAGGGAGGGAUCAGUGAAGGACUCAGGUCUGGAACCUUCCAAGCUCCCUCUGAGCCUGAUCCUGACAUGAGCCCAGAGAGGAUGGGAAUGGGGCUGUCCCUUCCUCCUUUUUUGGGCCGAGAGGGCUGGGUUUGGGGGAUUUUAAAGAGGCUUGGGGAAUUUUAAAGAGGUUUUAUUGUCUCUGGUUGCCUCUGCUCAUGCCUGUGCCCCAAGCUGGAAGCUGUGACUCCCCCAGCCCAGGCAGGGCGUGAUAGGAAGAUGUGGAAAGUGUGGUUAAUUAUUCCAAAUGCAGUAGCCAGGACCAAAUGUUGUUUUUUUUUCCCUUAUCCCCUAUUUUUUAACGCCCAGCAGAGCCACUGGGAUGGUAUUUUGUACGAAGAAAUCACCUAUUUUUGAAGGAAAUAAAUGCAGUUGGAUGA